GCCAUGGCGACUAUCGGAACUUCCCGGUCGCGUUUUCCAGACUGUAGUCCGACCGACAGCCAACACUUGCUGAGCCGGACUGCGGUCUGGACCGGACGGGAACAUACACGCCUCAAAAACCGCGACACAAAGAGGGCAAAGAGCACCGGAGCGCCUGCGUACAGCCCGGUGUGCACGUUCACCGCUCUGACCAAACAUGGCCUUUUUCCGUGCCAUAUUUGGGAAUGUACGUCACACAGGAGUCUUUAUAAAGCCGGGAAACCUCCGCGAAGUGACGUGACAGCCCAAGUUCAAGUUCAGCAUCCACACGUGAAAGCGCCAGAUGUUUACAGCAGCGACAUUUCAUUCAGAAGCAGUUAAACAAUCUUCUCCACCCGGAAAACGGAGCUGUCGACCCUCCAGCUUUGGCUUCCUCCGAGCAUAACAGUGCUCGGCAGCUGCAACCGCCUGGACAGAGCGUUUCUCCGCCUGAUAAAAGAGCGCAAGAUCGGUUCCAGGAGCGUCUGAGUUCCAGAGCCGCCGUCUCUGGCGCGUCCUCCUGCAGAUGGCAGCCACCAAAGCCGAGCUCUUCCUGUCCACGCUGCAGAUCUCAGACCCACUGGCCGGCUUCCCGCCGCCCACCUCCCCGCUGGACGGGCACCCGAAGCUGGAAGAGCUGCAGAUGCUACUGCAGAGCGCGACCGCCGGAGGACCGCUGCUGGCCCCGUCCGCAGCGGAGGCGGCCGCACUGCUGAGCGCGGAGCACGGGGAGUACAGAGAUGUUCUUUUGGAGCUCUCUGACCUGCACAGUCAAGCCUCCCCCACUCCAGGCCUCCCCCCUCUGGCCUACAGUGGCCGCUUUGCCUUCGAACCAUCGGCCCCUGUCUCAGGCAGCUCUGGGCCCAGCAACCUGUGGACGGAGCCCCUCCUCAGUCUAUUCACGGGUUUGGUCAGCAUGUCGGCUCUACCUCCUCCAGCCUGCAGCCUCGCCUCCUCCUCCUCAUCAGGGACAUCUUCAUCACAAGGCUUCGGCUCUGGUGAUGUGGCCUUUUCUUCCACCACGACAUACAGCUCCACCUCCAGCUCAGACCUUCUUCUCCCCCCUGCAGAAUUGCAGAGACAUCCGCAGGCCUGCCAGCCUCCAGGCCCCCCUCCCGCCUACCCCACCUCUAGGCUUGGCCUCCAGCCACCAUCUCUAGUGGUACCCAUGAUCCCAGAAUACCUCUUGCCCCAACAGCAGGACACUGAGCUGGGUCUGAACCAGGACCAGAAGGUCCUAAACCUCCCUCUAACACAGCAGCCCCCUCUCACACCCCUGUCCACCAUCAAGGCCUUCUCCACCUUCCAGUCCCAAAUCACCAAGAGCAGCCGGAGCAAGAAGCCUCUUGCAGGUCCCCAGAGCAGGACGCCGCCACAGGAACGGCCGUACCCCUGCCCCAUCGAAAGCUGCGCCCGCCGGUUCUCCCGUUCUGACGAGCUGACCCGGCACGUGCGCGUGCACACGGGUCAGAAGCCAUUCCAGUGCCGCAUCUGCAUGCGCAGCUUCAGUCGCAGCGACCACCUGACCACACACAUCCGCACACACACUGGGGAGAAGCCGUUCGCCUGCACAGAGUGUGGCCGCAAGUUUGCACGCAGCGAUGAGCGCAAGAGGCACGUGAAGAUCCACCAGAGGCAACGGGACCGCAAGACUGAAAGGAGUCUGUCGGCCUCCACCACCUGCCCCUCCCCCCUGACCGUGCAGCCCGCCUUGCCUUGCUUCACCCCCUCUCCUCCACUGCCACAGGUCUACACCUCGUCCUCCUGCUCUUCUUCGAUGGGGAGUCCACAGUCGGAGGCCAUCUCUCCUCAUAGCUCCAACGUCUGCUGAGAGACAAGGGUGCCACAGGUUUUGUUGUGACUUUUAACCUUAAACUGAAACCUACCAAUUGAAUAAGAAACUUUAUUUCUAGGUUGUCCUGUAGUUACUGUGUCAAAGGUCAACAGUCUCUGUUUGUGCAGCAUCUGAAAAUGUGUGAAGGACUAAGCUGAUGGUUUAUUUGGCGUAUUUUAUUCACAGUAGUCAAAAACAACACGUGGUAGCAGCUAGAGUCAAAACAGCAACAGGCCAGUGAACAGUCCAAAAGCUGGUUUAAAGAACCAUCAGGAACAUACGUCAUAGCAACUAAUGAAACUUCAUUUCUACUGAUUGUAAAGAUUUCUGUGUCUAAAAACAUAAAUAUUUUGUAAGCAGGUACAUUGUGUUUAUAUGGAGUACAAGUGUAGAUACAGUGAUAUUUUACCUACUGAGUAGGUUCCGGGACUUUUGUGUGUUUACAUGCAGCUCAGCAUUUGACUUUUAUACUGAACAUGUCCACCUUUUGAAGCAAAGAGAUACAAAAAUAAAAUGUCAGAAACA